AUGAACAUCGGGGACGUCGACGAUAACGCGGGGGACGGAUCGUAUUCCGACGAUCUGAGUCUCUUAGAACGAUUCGACGCGAAAGCGCGCGAUGUCUUCCACGCGCACGUACUCUCGCGGCUCGACGGCGGCGACCUCGCGAUGCUCGCGCUGGUGAGCCGGAGUAUGCGCGCCGUCGUGUUCGAUCGGUUCGUGUUCAAUACGCCCCUCGGCGACCUGAAGGGCGUCGCGGCGGUGAGGAGGGAGCUCGGGAGGAUGUCGAACUUCGUCGGGUCGGUCAGCAGGUUGGCGUGGGCAAAGGAGCGAGGGUGUCCGUGGGACGCGAGGACUUGCGCACAUGCCGCGUGGAAGGGCCACCUGGAGGUGCUGCAGUGGGCGCGCGCGAACGGCCCUCCGUGGGACGAGUGGACUUGCGCCUAUGCCGCGUGGAAGGGCCACCUGGAGGUGCUGCAGUGGGCGCGCGCGAACGGUUGCCCGUGGAACGCGAAGACUUGCUCCUCAGCCGCGUUCGGCGGUCACCUCGAGGUGCUGAAAUGGAUGCGUGCGAACGGCUGCCCGUGGGACGCGUGGACUUGCAAGGAUGCCGCGCAAAACGGCCACCUGGAGGUGUUGCAUUGGGCGCGCGCGAACGGCGCUCCGUGGGACGCGAUGACUUGCCGCUAUGCCGCGCUUUGCGGCCACCUGGAGGUGCUGCAGUGGGCGCGCGCGAACGGCUGCCCGUGGGACGAGAAUACUUGCACCUAUGCCGCGAAACACGGUCACCUGGAGGUGCUGCAGUGGGCGCGAGCAAACGGCGCUCCGUGGGACGAGAAUACUUGCCGCAAAGCCGCGAAACACGGUCACCUGGAGGUGCUGCAGUGGGCGCGCGCGAACGGCGCUCCGUGGGACGCGAGGACUUGCCGCACAGCCGCGGAAGGCGGCCACCUGGAGGUGCUGCAGUGGGCGCGCGCGAACGGCUGCCCGUGGGACGAGAAUACUUGCGUCUAUGCCGCGGGUGAAGGCCACCUUGAGGUGCUGCAGUGGGCGCGAGCGAACGGCGCUCCGUGGGACGAGAAUACUUGCGUCUAUGCCGCGGGUGAAGGCCACCUUGAGGUGCUGCAGUGGGCGCGAGCGAACGGCGCUCCGUGGAACGAGUGGACUUGCACCUCUGCCGCGCAGCGCGGCUACCUGGAGGUGCUGCAGUGGGCGCGCGCGAACGGCGCUCCGUGGGACAAGUUGACUUGCGCCAAUGCCGCGGGAGAAGGUCACCUGGAGGUGCUGCAGUGGGCGCGUGCGAACGGCGCUCCGUGGGACGAGUGGACUUGCGCCAGGGCCGCGGAUGGCGGCCACCUGGAGGUGCUGCAGUGGGCGCGCGCGAACGGCGCACCGUGGAACAAGUUGACUUGCGCCGCAGCCGCGGGAGGCGGUCACCUGGAGGUGCUGCAGUGGGCGCGCGCGAACGGCGCUCCGGAAUAA